UGCUCGAAUCGUGAGCUUGCGCCAGCGCGGGCGCGCAGCCGGCGCGAGCAUAUCUCUAGUGGAUACGGCCGACGAUUCCGUGGCGCACUCCGCCCCGCCACGACUCCUCCGCCCGCGCCCAACGCCUCGCGCCACGGCGGCCGGCCGCCUCCCUCGUCCCGUCUCCUCCCUAAGAAAUCCAAGCGCCAACAAAAGCAGAGCAGCGCCGGAAACCUCGCUGAGGCCACCAAGGCGCCACCGUCCACCGCUGCUCUCCUAUGGCGGGGAACGGCGGCGAGGGUGCGGCGCUCGGGAAGGUGACAUGCGCGGCGUGGAUACGGCGGCGGGACGAUGACGGGCCGACCGGCGUCAGCCGCCUCCUCGUCGCGUUCGGCCGCGGCGCCACGGCCUCGUCCCCGCCGCUCCUCGAGCUCCUCGAGUUCGACGUCAGGGCCUCCGCCCUCGCCUCCGAGCCCCUGGUGAGCGGUGAGCCGGCGAGGGUCGUCUUGGGCGAGGAUGCAGACGACACGGCGCGGGCGAUCGCCGUGCACCCCGGCGGCCGGGAGUUGGUCUGCGCCACCGCCAAAGGGUGCAGGGUGUUCAAGCUGGUUUAUAGAGAUUUUGGUGUCCACCUUAUUUCAAGAGAAGCUUCACCUCUCCAAUCUGUUGGGCCUCAGAAAUGUUUAACAUUCAGCACUGAUGGUGCUAAGUUUGCUAUUGGUGGUGAGGAUGGACACCUCAGAAUAUUUCAUUGGCAAAGUCUCAAUGUGAUUUUGGACGAACCUAAAGCUCACAAAUCUUUCCGUGACAUGGACAUCAGCUUGGAUUCAGAAUUUUUAGUUUCGACAUCCAUUGAUGGUUCUGCGAGAAUAUGGAAGGUUGAUGAGGGGUCUCCACUUGUCAAUUUGACAAGAUCUCCGGAUGAGAAGAUUGAGUGCUGCCGUUUUUCUAGGGAUGGAACUAAACCUUUCCUGUUCUGCACACUUGUAAAAGGGCAUAACGUUUGGACUAUGGCUGUGGACAUAAGUAACUGGAAGAGAAUCGGAUACAAAAAACUUUCAGCUAAGCCCAUUUCCACACUCUCCGUUAGCUUGGAUGGGAAGUAUCUUGCACUAGGAACCUGUGACGGCAACUUUUGUGUCGUGGAAGUACAGAAGAUGGAAGUUGCUCACUGGAGCAAGAAGGUUCAUCUUGGCUCUCCAAUUUCUUCAAUUGAAUUUUGCCCUACUGAAAGGGUUGUAAUCUCCACCUCACAUCAAUGGGGAGCAGAGAUAACAAAACUUGACGUCCCUCCUGAAUGGAAAGUGUGGCAAAUCUGGCUGGUACUGUUAACCCUCUUCGUGUCAUCGGCCGUCCUCUUCUACCUGUUCUUCAAGCAUGCAAGAAUUCACUUGUGAAGGCAUGAAGUACACACACACACACACCAUAUUUCUGAUCAUUGGUCCAUGCUGAACUUCAGCAUGGAUUUCUGCCGACAGCGAUAAUAACCCGGUUGCCCUUACGAGUUUUCCUCACAAUCGCCCAUCACCAUUCGUUUCUUCUCCAAUCCUGAUGCUACAGCGUCAGCAUCGGGCCUUACACUGUUGUUGACAUCUCAAUAAGUGAAGGAAGCACAGCCCCGUACGUUGCGUUCAUGUGUGUUGCUAACCGUGGAUGAUCAGUCUCAAUUCUGUUGCAAGUGU